AUGAGAGAAGAGGGAGCGGUGGACUUUGAUCCAAACGUCCUGGGGAGUGGCCACGCCAAUAAGCUAAGGGGUGGGAAAGGCUUGUGGGUGGCGGUGGGCGGAGCGCGGAGCUGUGCUUUCCGGCCGCAUCCAGAGUUCCUGGAGUCCCUGGAGCCUGACCUGCCGGCCCUGAGAGCCAUGGGGCUGCACCUGUGGGCUGCAGGCCCUGAAGCCCGUUCCGCUGGAAUUCGCGAUCUGCUGGCUGAGGUCUCCGCUGAAGUGGACGCACCGGUGCCCGGAUACUUAUCUGCCCCGCAGAGCAUAAUGGACACGUGCCUGUACAUCUUCACUUCUGGUACUACCGGCCUCCCCAAGGCUGCUCGGAUCAGUCACCUGAAGGUCCUGCAGUGCCAGGGCUUCUACCAGCUGUGCGGUGCCCACCAGGAGGAUGUGAUCUACCUGGCCCUCCCACUCUACCACAUGUCGGGCUCCCUGCUGGGCAUCGUGGGCUGCUUGGGCAUCGGGGCCACAGUGGUACUGAAGUCCAAGUUCUCAGCUGGUCAGUUCUGGGAGGACUGCCAGAAGCACAGGGUGACGGUGUUCCAGUACAUCGGGGAAUUAUGCCGAUAUCUCGUCAACCAGCCCCCGAACCAGGCAGAACGUGGACACCAGGUCCGGCUGGCGGUGGGCAGUGGGCUGCGCCCGGACACCUGGGAGCGUUUCGAGCGGCGCUUCGGGCCCCUGCAGGUGCUGGAGACUUACGGACUGACGGAGGGCAACGUGGCCACGUUCAACUACACCGGCCGGCGGGGCGCCGUGGGCCGCGCCUCCUGGCUUUACAAGCAUGUCUUCCCCUUCUCUUUGAUUCGCUAUGAUGUCACCACAGGGGAGCCAUUUCGGGACACGCGGGGGCACUGUGUGGCCACAUCUGCAGGUGAGCCAGGGCUGCUGGUGGCCCCGGUGAGCCAGCAGUCUCCGUUCCUGGGCUACGCCGGGAAGCCGGAGCUGGCCCAGGGGAAGCUGCUCAAGGACGUCUUCCGGCCGGGGGACCUUUUCUUCAACACCGGGGACCUGCUGGUCUGCGAUGACCAAGGCUUUCUCCGCUUCCAUGAUCGUACUGGGGACACCUUCAGGUGGAAGGGGGAGAACGUGGCCACGACCGAGGUGGCGGAGGCCUUGGAGGCCCUGGAUUUCCUCCAGGAGGUGAACGUCUAUGGAGUCACCGUGCCAGGGCACGAAGGCCGGGCUGGAAUGGCGGCGCUGGUGCUGCGUCCCCCCCACUCACUGGACCUCGGGCAGCUCUACGCCUAUGUUUCUGAGCACCUGCCACCUUACGCCUGGCCCCGGUUCCUACGGCUCCAGGAGUCUCUGGCCACCACAGAGACCUUCAAGCAGCAAAAGGUUCGGAUGGCCAAGGAGGGCUUCGACCCGAGCGCCCUGCCCGACCCGCUCUACGUUCUGGACCAAGCGGGGGGCGCCUACCUGCCCCUCACACCCGCCCGGUACCAAGCCCUCCUGGCAGGCGACCUGCGGAUCUGAGCGCCCUCCCUGCCCGGCUGAGAGGGGCCUGUGGGGCGGGGCAUCGCAGGGGCUGCAGGGAUCUUUUCUACCCAGAUUUGUACUCAUUAUUUUGUAAUAAACGCGCCCAAAGCCAGCCUGGCUGUC